AUGCAAGACAUAUCAAAAACGCAAAGCAUGCAGAAUGAUGCAAGUAUACAACCAGAGCAGCAGAUUACGACAAGUUUUACACUAUUUGAAUUAAGUAUCACCAAUGUUGCCAUAUUCUGGGGUCUUAUAGUUAUUUUGGCAGAGUUUCUUCCCCACAUUAAAAUUUUUGGGUGGAAUGUACUUCCCACCAGUAUUCUUUCAAAGAUAGCUAUGUCAAGAGAUAGCGUUGUUAAAUACUCAUUUGGGUGGAUUCCUAAAUUUAUUAAGGCUUGGGAUUCAACAUCUACUACGCUAUUUCCUGCAGUUGAGAGUAAGAAAUUCUGCAAUUUGUGCAUAAAAAUGGUUGUCGAAUUUGUAUCCAGUUUUUUUGAGCUCGUUCUUUCUGUAAUUAAUCUUCCAUCUGGAGUUUUUGUAACUGGAGAUUUCUCAAAGUCAGGCAAUAACCUCAGGGAAGCAGGAAGGCAUUUUUGGAAUUUUAUCUGCACCCUUUUGAUGAUUAGACACCUAAUUUGGUUUCUGGGUUCCUUUUUAAUUGCAAUGAUUGUUGAAGCUUUUCGCAUACUUUUCGUGUAUCUCUCAAUUUUUGUAGUCAUUCUUGUAUAUGCUGUGUAUAUAGUCAUAUUCGUGUAUAUGAAGCUUCUUGGUCUCAAGCCGAAACUUUCUGCUAUUCGACUUUGGACAUCCAAAGAUUCUACCGCUAAGGUUGCAGAUACAGGCUCUAAUAUACUACCGUCUGAUAUAUCAAACAGUAAGUUUUAUAAGCAGUUUUUAGAGAACUAUAUAAAAAAGGCACAAGAUCCUCUAUUAUUACCAUGGGACUUUGUAAAUUUUUGGGGCGCCACGGAACCAGAAAAGCUAAAGCUAUCCAGGCAAGUAGUUGGUGAACUUAGAGAUAGAGGGCUCUUUAAUUCAGGGGACUCUUUUAUGCAUAAAAAACUAAAACAUCAUGCAAGAAACCAUUUUAUAGUUGAUUCAAGAUUUUUCCUCAUCCUUGAAGCAAGCUAUAGCUAUCUUAGGGGAACUUGCAUCUUUAUCUUCUACCACGCCAUUUGGAAUUGA